ACACUUCCAGCUCUGACAUGAUAUUACGCUAACGAUCUAACAGCCUCAUGAAAGAGGCUACCAUCAAAGCCAAGCAAGGGGGUGAACGGGGCAUCACAGGUCGGAGUGUCAAGAAGGUCACUGCGGUACGUUCCCUAUCCCCACAACCCCCUUUUGACCCCUUUUGUUGACAUUUUGCUGCAACAGGACACUCUUGCAAAGUUCAAGGGUUGAGGUCGUAACAGCACACUGGUUACCCCCGCAGUCAGAGCGAUUCAGUUGGAGGUGAAGCAAACGGGAUAAUGACCUAUCGGUAUUUAAUAAGGCAUGAGUGCAUAGACUUGUACACGUUCCCAUUCGUGGACGUGGUGACAACAGUCUCAUACAUGAUAUGAAUGGAAAAAUCAACGUUCAUGGCCAUUUCAGGCAUGACCAGUGGAAAAUACCAUGGUAUGGAUAUUUACAUUUUGUGAAAUACAAUACUGUACUGACCGCCCCUGUGAUGGAGAUUCUUGGUGUUUCUGCAGGCUUCUGUGCCUGUCGUCAGUGGGCUCCAGUCGACGGGAAGCCGCCGAGCUGCGGCCAACCCCAGACCCGAUGGCAAGGCAGCAAACAUACCGCCUCACCCGCCUGUAGCUUCAGGAGGCCCGUUGUGACUCCUCCGCCCAGCCGUCGACCGCCCGCCAAAAGGCAUCAACAACUGCCCGUCUCUGGGGUGGUGUGGUGCCGCGGCCCGCCUGGGCGGGAUCGGGGUCUCCACUUGGUUGGGGCGGGACCUCUCCUGGCCGGGGAGAGCUCCAAAACUGUCGUGUGUGAACGUCAGCAGCUGAGCUGUCCCGCCCACCCUCCUUCCGCCAAACAACAAAACAAACUCACCACCACUCGAUCCAUCCUUCGUAAACAACAAUUUCUUCUGCCAUUCUCCUUUUUCUACCUCUCCAUAAUAACAACAGAAAGAGACCACCCCAACACGUCGAGGACACCGCUGGUAUCACCUCCCCGCAUCAUCAGUCGAGCAAAGCAACCCCGCAAGGAAGCAUCAUAACCAAAACACCGUUGGAGCCUUGUCCCCAAGCAAAC